AUGUGUCGAAUUGUUGACGAGCAAUUGUGGAGAAAGAUAGUGAUGACAAUUCUAAAACCAGAAAUUUAUGAAAUGAGUACCACUAUGACCUCAUCUAGCUCGCAGAGAAUUUUAGAAAUAUAUCCCGAACUUCGGAAUAUCUUUCAAAUAUCUCGUGAAAGAGUUGAUAUCAAUGAUUAUAACUGUAUUGCUAAUAUCAUACCGUGCCGGUCACAUGCAGGUCAGGUCACUCCUAUGCACAUAUCUGACCGUUUUGCACGCUUUCACAAUCGGUGGGUGACAUAUGUCCCAAAAAAUAAUAUCGAACAAGAAACAUUCGAAACAGAAAUCUUUUCAGUUCGUCAAUGUAUUUUGACAGUUAUUUAUGAUAUCCAAUCAAACUGUCACUUCUAUAAUUCAACAGAAUGGCGAAGUGGUGAUAUGAUAUGGAUCCAAGGAAAGGAAAUUUUCACGAUUGAUUCGAAAAAACAUGUGUGCAAUGGAAAUGGGAUGAAGUAG